AUGUCCAGGCGCGAUUACCCAACAGCUGAUCGCUAUGAAGAGCGUGAGAGUGACUUCUACAGGAGGCCAGCACGGGAGCGAAACUAUGACGAGCUGGACAUAGACAUCACUCGCGAACGCUACCCCGAGUCCAGAGCACCAGGUCGACGAGCCGAGGCUGCAGUCAAGGAACGAGAGUCGGUGGUCAGUGAUCGUCGGACUGAGCGAGGUCCUCGGCAGCCUGAUUUCUUACGGGAAGACUAUGGAAAGUCACAGGCUGGACCUUUGGUGAUUAGGCGGGAAGAGGUGAGGGAGGAGGAUACAUUCAGCCGAGCACCCACAAGGCGAAGAAGUCAGGAGACAGUGAGGUCACGUGCUCCACCUGAGAGGGUGGAGAAGGAGGAGAUCAUCAUUCGAGAGCAGCGUGACAGAGCUCCACCAUAUCCACGAGGUGAGCGGGACUUCACCGAGCGGGAGGAUAUCGUCAUUCGUGAGCGUGAUAGGGAGAGAGCGAGAUCACGGCCACCGGCACGUGAGAGGUCGGACGAGGAGAUUGACAUCAAGAUCAAGCGGCGAGAGGAGUCUAGAGGCCCACCAGCGAGGAGUGAGGCGCCGUCGAGGAGUGAGCUGCGAGAGCGGGAUGUGGAGGAAGUCCGCUUCAGACGAGGUGGUGGCGAUAGGCCUGGUCCGCCACCCCAGCGCGAGGAGUUUCAAGAAGAAAUCAGGAUCAACGAGACACGAUCGCCACCUCCUCGUAAUGCUGUGCGUGGGAGAGAGUACGAGCGGGAUGAGCUCGACAUCGAUAUCAACAUCCGAGAAGAACGCAGUGCGCCACCGCCACGACGCCAGGAAGAGCGCGGCCACCUUGUAGCGCGGGAUCGUGAGGAGUGGAUUGUUCGACGGCGCCGCGAACCCUCGCCACCACCACCUCCACGAGAUUACGAAAAGGAAGAGAUCAUCAUUCGCCGGAAAGAGAGAUCCCCAUCUCCGGAACCCCCACCCCGCGAACCAACCCCCGAACCCGCUCCGCCGCCGCCCCCAGAGCCGAUCUAUCGUCCUCCCAUCAUCCAAGAAGUCAUCACGCACCACCGCCACAUCGACCACGGCGUAGAGCGAGCCCGAUCGCCAACCCCACCCCCAGCUCCCGCGCCACCAAGCCCACCCCGAGAAGAGAAUCUCGAGAUCGAAAUCAAACGAUCUGGAACACGAAACGGGAAGGCGUUUGAAGAAGAUAUCAUCUUCGAACGCGACAUUACCGAAGGGGGGCCAAGAGGAGGCCGCGAGCGAGAAAGGAGUCGAGAUGUUUCCCGCCGCCGAUCCCUUAGCAUGGGUACGCGGCACGGAUACGAGCAGGACGACCUUCGCGUGACGAGACGAGGUGGUGCUGGGGCGGGGUACGAGGACGAUGUGGCUGCUGAAGCGGAAUACUAUAAUCGAAAAGUGCGCGAUCGUGGGUGGCCGGGUGAAGCAUACAACGGCGCUACGAAGGACUGGGGACUCGUGGACGUCCCACCGGGAACGGAGCGCGUGCGCAUGGAUGGCGUAGGCGGUGGCGCGCAGGAAAUAACCUGGGACCGGUACAAAGGGGAACGGCGGGGCAAAUUCCUCACCGGUGAUCGCGCGUACGAAACCGAAUGGGAGCGGGAACGCGAACGUGAGAGGAACGGCGGGGGGUACGAGCAAGCUCGUCUUCCUGCCCCUGCUGCGCCUGCACCGAGACCGGUGAAGGAGGAGAAAGAGGAGAUUAAGAUCACGCGGGAGCGGAUCGUGGAGGAGACUAGGAAGGGGCGGACGCGGGAUAAGAUGUGGACGGAGAUUACGAAGGAUUUGGUGAUUAAGGAGGCGGUGGAGGAGAUGGGGUGGGAGUUUGAUGAGACGGAGGAGUUUUUUUAUGUCAUGGAGUAUUUGCGUUAUGAAGACGUCCUCCGCCUCGUCGAAGUGACAGAGGAUAUCCGCCGCGAACGUCGGGAUCGAAUUCGAGAGAUUCAAUGGGAGAGGGAGGAGAUGGAACGGGUGAGGCAGCAGCCUAAGAUGAUUAUGCCGCCGCCUAUGCCGGGGAUUCCUCCUCCUCCGCCUAUGAGUAUGAGGGGGGCGGGUGGGCGGUAUGAUGAGAAGGUUUAUGAGCGGGAUUAUGUUUAUGAGAGGGAUGGGAGGCGGUAUCGGUAG